AUGGAUGCCGUGAAUAAUGCUGCUAGUGAUACGGAGGCCGCUUGCGAUGCGGGAAACGCUGUCGCCAACGCGACCGUUAAUGAUGUGAACAACGCGAGCGAUGCUACCAGCGUGGCAGUCAACGACGAAAGCGAUGCUGCCAGCGUGGCUGUCGGCGAAGCGAGCGAUGCUGCCGGCGUGGCAGUUAGCGACUACAGCGAUGCUGCCAGCGUGGCAGUCAGCGAUUACAGCAAUGCUGUCUGCGUGGUAGUCGGUAACGCGAGUGAUGCUGCUACCAUGGAAGUCGGUAACGAAAGCGAUGCUGAUAGCGUAUCAGUCAGCGAGGCGAGCGAUGUUGUUAGCGUGGCAGACUACGACUACAGCGAUGCCGUCAGCGUGGCAGUCAGCGACUACAUCGAUGCUGUCUGCGUGGUAGUCGGUGACGGGAGCGUGGAAUUCGGUGACACAAGCGACGCUGCUAGCGUGGAAUUCGAUGAUGAGAGCGAUGCUGAUAGCGUGGACUACAGCGACUACACGUUAUGUGGUGAUGGUGUUGAUUCUUCAGGCCGUGAAGUUUUUCCAGUCUUGAAUUUUGAAGUUGUGUCAAACCAGAAGAAAACAACAAAUCGUGACGUCAUGGAUGCCGUGAAGAUUGCUGUAAACGCUAUCGCCAACGCAUCCAUAAUUGCUGUGAACAACGCAAGCGAUAAUACCAGCAUGGCUAUCGGCAACGCGAGCGGUGCUGGUAGCGCGACAGUCGGCGACACGAGGGAUGCUGCCAGCGUGGCAGUCGGCGAUGCGAGUGAUGCUGCUAGCAUUGCAGUCGGCGACGCGAGGGAUGCUGCCAGCGUGGCAGUAGGCGACACGAGCGAUGCUGCUAGCGUGGCCGUCGGUGACGCGAGCGUAGCUGCCAGCGUGACUUUCGGUGAUGCUAGCGGUGCUGCCAGCGUGGCAGUUGGUGACUACAGCGAUGGUGCCUGCGUGCCCGUCGGUGACGCAAGCGCUGCUGCCAGCGUGGCAAUCGACGACUACAGCAAUGCAGCCAGCGUGGCUGUCGGCGACACGAGCGGUGCUGCCAGCGUGACAGUCGGCGACUACAGCAAUUCUGCCAGCGUGGCUGUCGGCGACGCGAGCGAUGCUGCCAGCGUGGCAGUCGGCGACUACAGCGAUGCUGCCAGCGUAGCUGUCGGCAACGCGAGCGAUGCUGCCAGCGUGGCAGUCGGUGACUACAGCGAUGCUGCCAGCUAG